CUCAUUUUCCAAUUUCCACUCAUCAACACACACGAUGACCCACCUGCUACCCGGCGACUUGAUCCGGCUCAUCGAGACGCCCAAGGAAAAGGUCCCGUCGACGCUCGCGCACGUCGGGGGGUCUGCCGGCCUCGCCAAGUCGCUCGACUCGUCGCUCGAGUUUGGCCUUGACGCUACGAACGCCAAAGACCUCGCUUUGCGCGCCGACACAUUUGGCGCCAAUUUUGUACCGCCGCCGCCGCCCACGACCUUUCUGCAGCUCGUGUGGGCCGCCUACAAGAACUUGACGCUGCUGGUGCUCACAGGGGCCGGCGUUCUCUCGCUUAUUCUUGGCUUCACGGUCGGUGGCCCCGACCCGACGCCGCGCCGCCUCAGCAGCGGCGACCCCGCAACCGCGUGGAUCGAAGGCUUUGCUAUCCUCCUCGCCGUCACCAUCGUCACGCUGGUGACAGCCGUCAACAACUAUCAAAAGGAGCAGCAGUUCCGGGCGCUCUCGGUCAUCAAGGACGACGAGCGCAUCAAGGCGAUCCGCAACGGAUUGCCGUGCGAGGUGGGGAAGCACGACUUGCUCGUCGGUGACGUGGUCCGCAUCGACGUGGGCGACAUUUUGCCUGCGGACGGGAUCGUGUUUGAAGCCUCCGAGCUCAAGGUCGACGAGAGCGCCAUGACGGGCGAGUCGGUUCUUAUUGCCAAGCACCCGACGGGCUUGACGCCCUUUGUGCUCUCGGGUACGAAAGUCAUGCAAGGCAUGGGCAAGAUGCUCGUGCUGGCGGUCGGUGUCUCGAGCCAAGCCGGCAUGAUCUCGGCGCUGCUCGUCGGCGGUCCUUCGACGCCGUCGAGUCGCACCAUGACGCAAAUCAGUGAUGAUGACGCGUACGUGGCGAUUGCGACGCCGCGGGACGACGAAAGUGGCGCUAGCGACAAGAUGCUAACGGUGGCGCCGUCACCGGACGAGCCGGAAGAGUCGCCGAUGCAAGGCAAGCUCGACGCGCUCACGAUCUUACUUGGCAAAUUCGGCAUCACGAUGGCGCUGCUCGUGUUUGUCGUGCUCAUUGCACGCUUCUCGAUCGACCAGUUUGCCGUGGACGGCCGGUCGUGGGCCGGCACGGCCGAUGUCAAGGAGUUUCUGCACUUCUUCAUUGUCGGCGUCACGGUCCUCGUCGUCGCGAUCCCCGAAGGCCUUCCGCUCGCCGUGACGAUCUCGCUCUCGUUUUCGGUCAAGAAGAUGCUGCUGGACAACAACCUCGUGCGCCAUUUGAGCGCGUGCGAGACAAUGGGCUCGGCGACGACCAUUUGCUCGGACAAGACGGGCACGCUCACGACCAACCAGAUGACGGUCAUGCAGUGCUGCUUUGGCGACACCGUCUUUGCGUCGCCGCAGGCGGUGCGCGCAGCGGCCACCGACGCCAUGAUUGAGCUGCUCGUGCACAGCGUCGCGAUCAACUCGACGGCCGAGCGCGUGGACGGUGUCUUCACCGGCAACAAGACCGAGUGUGCGCUCUUGGAGUUUACCGCAUCGCUGGCGCCGACGGCUUUGUACGACGACGUCCGCCGGUCGCAUGCAAACAUGCACAUUUUGCCGUUCUCGUCGGCCAAGAAGCGCAUGUCGGUGGUCGUGCCGCUCACGAAAACGUCGAGCCGCGUCUACACCAAGGGCGCGAGCGAGAUUGUGCUGGGUCUCUGCAGCCACAUGGCCUUUCCCGAUGGGUCCACCCGGACGUUGGGCCCCGACGAGGCUUCGUUUUGGCGCGAUGCGAUCAUCCAGCGCUUUGCCAACGACGGCCUCCGAACGCUUUGCCUGUGCUACAAGGACAUUGCCGCGCCGUUCGAGGAGGUCGUGGCGCAGUACACGGAGGCCGACCUCGAGCGCGAUCUCACGUGUGUUGCGAUCGUCGGGAUUGAAGACCCCGUGCGCCCCGAUGUCCCCGACGCCAUUCGCCACUGCCAGCGCGCGGGUAUCGUCGUGCGCAUGGUCACCGGCGACAACCUGGCGACGGCCACGUCCAUUGCGAAAAAGUGCGGCAUCCUCGGCGCGGAGGCGGAUGCGCUCGUCAUGGAAGGCGCCGAGUUUCGUCGCCAAGUGCUCGAUGGCAACGGCCAGCUCCAGCAAGAUGUGUUUGACACGAUCUGGCCGCGGCUCCGCGUCCUCGCGCGCUCAAGUCCGCAGGACAAGUACACGUUGGUAUCCGGCAUCAUGGCGUCGACGAUCCAUGGGCCGCAGGUCGUGGCGGUCACGGGCGAUGGCACCAACGACGCGCCGGCGCUCAAGAAGGCGCAUGUGGGCUUCGCCAUGGGCAUUUGCGGCACGGCCGUCUCGAAAGACGCGUCGGAUAUCAUUUUGAUGGACGACAACUUCAAGUCGAUUGUGAACGCGGUCAAGUGGGGCCGCAACGUGUACGACUCGGUCUCCAAGUUUCUCCAGUUUCAGCUGACCGUCACGCUGACCGCGAUUACGCUCUGUGUGCUCGGCGCCAUCUUUCUCGAAGAGACGCCGCUAAGCGCUGUCCAGCUGCUCUGGGUCAAUCUCAUCAUGAACACGUUUGCGUCACUUGCGCUGGCGACCGACACACCGUCGAACGCCGUCCUCGACCGCAAGCCAUACCCGCGCACCAAGCCGCUCAUCUCCAAGAAGAUGACCAAGCACAUCCUGGGGCACCUAUUGGUGCAGCUUGCGAUUUUGCUGACGCUGACGCUCGAGGGCGAUAAGCUGCUGCAGAUCCCGUCUGGUCGCAAGUACGAAACCGAGGACCCGAGCCGGCCCUCGGUGCACUACACGGUUGUCUUCAACACGUUUGUGUUUCUCCAGCUCUUCAACGAAAUCAACGCGCGCGUGAUCCACGACGAGAAGCGGGUCGUGCUCCGGGGCCUCUUGACCAACCGCCUGUACGCGUGCAUCUCGGUCCUUCAAGUCGUGCUCCAAGUCAUUUUUGUCCAGUUUGGCGGCAACGCGUUCGACUGCGCGCCGCUGAGCGCGACGCAGUGGGCGGUCUGCAUUGGUCUCGGCGCGCUGAGCUUGCCCGUUGGCUGGAGCUUGCGCCGGAUCCACUCGCACCAUUUGCCCAAGUGGUUUGCACUCUUCCGCCGCGCCCACCCGCACUCGUACCUUCGGUUCCGCUAG